AUGAACGCCCCUCCGCCCCCAGAGCUCAAAAUCUCCCCACCCCUCCUCAACUCCGCCAACCCCUGGUGCACAACGCUCUCCGACCUCAAAGCCCUCCACGCCUCGCCGCACACCGGCGCCCUCACCACGCGCACCUCCCUCCUCGCCGGCUUCGCCCACUCCGACGCGCGCCACCAGUACACCUUCUUCUCCCCGUCAACCUCCCGCCCCUCCCCCACCGUCCCCAACUCCUCCUCCCACCACACCACCCCGAAAGACCUGCGCCCCGAAGACGUCGCCUCGCUCAACAACCUGGGCUACUCCCCGCUCCCCCUCGACACCUACCUCGACUUCAUCGCCGACCUGCCCGCAUCCCCCAUCGAGGGCCACCACCACCGCAAGCUCGUCAUCGUAAGCGUCACCGGCUCCCCGGACGAGAUCGCAGAAUGCUACGCCCGCGUCGCCGCCUUCGCGCCCACGACGCCGCACCCGCUCGCGAUGGAGAUCAACCUCUCGUGCCCCAACAUCGCCGCCGCCGCGCCGCCCGCGUCCGACCGCGCCCAGCUGAAGGCCUACCUCGCCGCCCUCCCGCAGACGCCCGCCAUCCCCGUCGGGCUGAAGACGCCGCCGUACACGCACCCGGCGCACUACCAGGAGCUCAUCGCCGCGCUGCGCGAGGACGCGACCGUCGUGACGAGGAACGCGAUGCUCAAGGUGCCGAGCAAGAUCAGCUUCAUCACGGCGGUGAACACACUCGGCUCGUGUCUGUUGUUGGAAGAAGAGGGGGAUGAGCUGGCGCCGCGGCUCCCCGGCUCCGGGCUCGGCGGCAUGGCCGGUGCGCCGCUGCACCCGCUGGCUCUGGGAAACGUAAAGACGAUUGCGGAGCUGGUCUCGCAGGAGCCCGAGUUGUUGCACAUCAAAGUCAUCGGGGUCGGCGGUGUGUCGGAUGCGGAUGGGUUCAGGCGGAUGAAGAGCGUUGGCGCGUAUGCCGUCGGGGUCGGCACGGCGCUGGGCAGAGAGGGCGUGCAGGUUUUUGAAAAGAUUUCGUCAGGGUUGGCAAAGUAG